AUGACUGAGGCACUUAACAUGGCUCAGCUUGCCGUUAACCGGAGAAACGACGAGGAGAUGAGUGCCUUCCUCGGGCUCAUCUAUCCAGGGAUCAACGAUAACCAAAAGGGGACAUUGUUCGACGACAUUGAGAAAAUAGCUACACUCACUCCCGCCGGGCUGGGCGAGUCUCCCAACAUCAUCAUCUACUGCGACGACGAUAGUCGCUGGCGCCACGCCACGGCCGAGGAGAUUCCUGGCCAAGAGGGUAGGACAGAUGCCCAAAAGGCCUGGAUCGACCCGGAAAACGACAUCGUCUUUGACCAACGCGUCGAUCCGCGUAGCCUGACAAACCUCGACCGCCAGAUCCCCGGCUGCAGGGAGGUGGGCACGGCCACGCGCGCUCAGACGUACACCAACCUGAGGACGCCCACCCCGGACCAUGACCGAGGAUCCAUCGUCACCAUCACUCUCUGCUCGCGGGCCUUGACAGGGCCCAAGAUCAAGUAUCUGACGAUUGGGGAGAUUGCCGCCGAGAAUCUGGCAAGCAGGAAGGCCUCAAACCUUUUCAAGUUGCCAAAUAUUGAUACGUUCAAGCUUCUGUCUGCCACGGUGGUCCAUGAGUUGUCCCACCAAAUUCUUACCAGCGCGAUCCGAUACGAUGAUGUCCGAGGCGCUAACUCGUACCGAUGGCCAAACAUCUCCAACAUGGACCUGCUCUCCGGCCUUGAGAACGCAGACAGCCUCGCCUAUACUUGCAUUGCUGCCAUGCUAAUGGAGAUGGGUUAUAGUGUAGAUAAGGAUGGUGAUAUCAAGAAGAAGAAGACUUGA